AAAAGCUUAACCAUGCCACAUUUACAGCAGAACAUUUUAAAUGCAAUUAAAAGAAUUCUAAGAUUCUACAAACCAGAAUCCAGAGGAUUUAUUAGGAGGAUUCAGAGGAUUCAUUUCAUUAGGAUCCUACUGCUUUUAAUUCCUUUGCAUUUCUCUGGCUUUUAGAUUAAACAACACUAUGCACUACACAAACAACAAUUGUGAAGAGAACAUGUAAUACAAACAGCUGUUAAAUUUAAGGUUAUAGGUUCUUGUCAUAUAUUGGCUGUGAAAGAAGCAUUAGGAGACAAAAGUGAUGGCAAAUACUUUGUUUCUGAACUAUGUAUGAGUAAUUUGCUGGUUAAGAUCUGAUUGGUUGCAUCCAUUACAUACUCAGAGGUUAAACACCAUUACGUUCACAAAUACAAAUAGGAAGGGCUGUAAUUGCAAUUGUCUAAGGAGAUAUGUGUUGCUUUGUGCUUACUUAUUUUGUUAAAGAUAAAAAAGAAAUGCAUGUUAUAGCCACACAAAUAUUCAGAAUUAAGCUACUAAUAUAUAAGAUUUUUUCUGAGUGUAAAUGUAGCUUUUGGAGCUCUCUCACACCGGCAGUGUGCACAGGUGCCUUUUUAGGGCUGCCAGAGGAUUUAUGCAGCCCAAUGCUCAGCAUCAUUCCUGCCCGAUUCCAGCCCUCCCUCGGGAAGAUGGCAAUGUCUGUUCUCGGGGAGCCUGGGACAGCGCGGGAUGGUUCCCGACCGGGUCCCUUUGCUUUUCUUGGCCAGCGAUGCCUCUCCUCGAGCUGCUGCUGCCGGGCUCUGCCGUGUGCGAGCCGGGGGCGGGCCGGGGAGGGGCUGCGGCUCUCGGACACCGGCACAGCGGCGGGCACUCGGCCCGGCCCGCCGGAGCAGCGGCACCAUGGCCGAACAAGCAGUUGCUGUGGCUGGAGGUAUAAUAGGAGGGAUCCUUUUAUUUGUCCUCCUUGGAAUAACUGCAUAUCUGCUCUGGAAAAAAUGUUGCCGCCUCUUUUCUUAUGAAAAGCUCAUCAAUCCUGUCAAAACAACAAAUGCAAAUGCCAUUUUCCAGGAUCAGGCAAAUUCUGAAAUUCAUCUAAAAAGUACAAGUUUGACUUCCAGCUUUAAACCAGAAGAGUCAAUAGGUGCUGUUGUCUUGAGCAGGCCCAGAAGUGUUCCAUUUAUCAUUCCACCAACACUGCAUGGGCGAGACUGGAUUCACCUGACAAAUGAAGAACAGGUUCAGGAAGACAGGGACCCCUUCAUGACCCCUCAGUCUGGGCCACGGUCAUCAUUUCAUUCUCUGGCUGGAGCUUAUGUUGUAGGAACCAUUAACCCAGAUCUGUACAAGUUUCCCGAAGACAAAAGCGAAACAGACUUUCCUGAUGGCAGCAUUGGCCGCCUCUGGUUCUCCAUAGAAUACGAGCAAGAGUCAGAAAGGCUCCUGGUCUCCUUGAUCAAAGUCAGAAAGCUGCAGCCUCCUGCUGAUUCCUGCAGUCCAUUUGUGAAAAUCUACCUGCUGCCUGAUGAAAGAAGCUACCUGCAGUCCAAAACAAAGCGUAAAACUCUUAACCCCCAGUUUGAUGAAAACUUUGUUUUCCAGGUUUCCAGUAAAAUGUUGCUCCAAAGGACACUAAAAUUUUUGGUUUAUCAUGUUGAUAAACAGAAGAAGCAUCAUCUCCUAGGCCAAGUUAUCUUCCCACUAAAAAAUGAAGCAUUAACUGAGGACAACAAACUAGUCAUAUGGAGAGAUCUGGAGAAAGAAAACUUGGAGCCUCCUUCAGAGCAUGGUGAUAUCCAGUUCUCCCUGAGCUACAAUGACUACCUGGGCCGUCUCACUGUGGUGGUUCUGAGGGCGAGGGGAUUAAAGCUCCAGGAGGAGAGCCCUGCUGGUGGUGUGUAUGUCAAAGUCUCACUAAUGAACCAUAAUAAAUUCAUCAAAAGUAAAAAGACAGCAGCUCUUCUGGGAACUCCCAACCCUGUGUACAAUGAAACCUUCAGUUUCAAGGCAGAUCAGACAGAGCUGGAUACAGCAAGCCUGAGUCUAUCUGUGCUCCAGAGUAACAAAGGAGAAAAAACACUUCUGCUGGGACGAGUGGUAGUUGGGCCUUUCAUGUACACACGUGGCAGAGAACUGGAACACUGGAAUGAGAUGAUCAGCAGGCCCAAGGAGCUGGUGAAACGAUGGCAUGCUCUCUGCCACAGCACAUGAACAGCACUGAGGAAAAAACAGCCUUAAUAUGGAAAAGCUCUUACUAUCUUUCUCAUCUAAAGGGUACAAAAAUCUUUGCUAAGAUUUUGUACCAAACGAAGAAUAAAAUAAAUUAUUUCCUUGACCAAGCACAAAUAAAAGAUUUGGUUCCUGGUA